GAGAGAGAGAGAGAGAGAGAGAGAGAGAGAGAGAGAGAGAGAGAGAGAGAGAGAGAGAGAGAGAGAGAGAGAGAGAGAGAGAGAGAGAGAGAGAGAGAGAGAGAGAGCGAGAGAGGAACAGCGUGUGGACAUUGACUCCACAGGGUACACAUUCUCUACUGCGUCAGCAGAACAGAAGGAGUGAUCCUCCACACACUUCUCCUUUCAUCCAACCAUCCAUCUGUCUGUCUGUCUGUCCAUCCAGUGAAGAAGAGGAGGAGAGAUGAAGACAUCUCAUAAUGACUAUAGUUCUCUAGACUCUGAUGACAUGGACGGGCUGAUCGAUGUGGGACAGGAAGACGGCUCCUGUCCAGUCACUGGGUCCAUGUCCCCAGGUAGCACGUCCCAGAUUCUGGCCCGGAAGAAGAGAAGAGGGAUUAUAGAGAAGAGGCGCAGAGACAGGAUCAACCACAGUCUAUCAGAGCUUCGGAGACUGGUGCCCAGCGCCUUGGAGAAACAGGGCUCGUCUAAGCUGGAGAAAGCAGAGAUUCUGCAGAUGACGGUGGACCACCUUAAGCUGCUGCAUGCCAUGGGGGGCAAAGGGUACCUUGAUGCGCGGGCCCUGGCUGUGGACUAUAGGACCCUGGGAUUCAGACAGUGUGUAGGAGAGGUGGUUCGGUACCUGGGCUCUUUAGAAGGAGGGGUGGACUCCCCGGACCCUAUCGGAGCCCGCCUGGUCUCUCACCUCUCCCACUGUGCCAGCCAGCUGGACCCCCUUCUCCUUCAGUCGCCCCCCACCUCGUCCUCCCUCCCUUUUCCUCCCUGGCCGUGGAUCUCCUCCUAUCACCAGAUGUCACCUGUCUCGUCUCCCACCUCUCCAUCUUUCUCCGCGAGGCGGAGGGAGCUGGCACGCCUGGGCGGUGGGUGUUAUCCAUCCCGCUCAGCCGACACCCUGUGUCUCGCCCCCCUGGAGUGCCAACAGGGGUCCAUGCUCGCCCCUGCCUUGGUGUCUGGGCUUCGCAGGGUGCCCUCUCUUCCACCACCUUCCUCCCCUGCCCUCACCGCCACCCCUACUCACAGACUCACUCAGCAGUCCCCUGGAGCCUCAGUCCUCCUCACCUCCUCCUUUCCCAGUGCUCCUCCACAAGUCAGACCCUUUGUCCCUCUGGGGUCUCCCGCGGGUCAGCGCAGGGGCAAAGCUGCAAAGACCUGGGGGACUGAGAUAGGAGCCUUCUGAUCCAGAACUUGUCAACACGAUGCACCAUGUAAAGUUUGCUCUUAACCACAGAUCUGGGAUCAGAUUACCCUUAACCCAGUGGAGGCUGCCGAGGGGAGGACGGCUCAUAAUAAUAUCUGGAACGGAGCAAAUGGAAUGGUAUCAAACACAUGGAAACCAUAUCUCUGUCUCGCUCUCGCUCUCGCUCUCGCUCUCGGUCUCGGUCUCGGUCUCUC